AUGUUUUCCAAGAACGCAUUCCAGAUACUCAGCCCGGCCGUGAUGGCACGGUGCGCGGUGCCUCGCGGCGAGAUCAAGACCACGACGUUCCCGCAGCUGGCGCGGGCAGCAAGCACGGCGGCAGCGACGCGGUUGUGGUCGUUGGGGAACAAGGAACAGAAGCCGACGGUGGUGAUCAGCUCGGACAGCGACGAGGUGGAGACGGUGUGCGACCACAUCCGGGUCUGA